AUGAGUGGUGAGAAAGGACCAGAAAACUUCAUGAGGAUAGACGCCAAAAAGGAUUUGGGUACCUGGGUCUCCUCAAACUUGUCAUUCUCACUGCACCAUGAGAAAUCGGCCCAAAAGGCAUUCUCCUUUUUACGGAUGAUCCGACGCACCUUCUCCCGUAUUACUCGCAUGGACUUCCAAAUACUCGAUGGGGCCUACGUCAGACCGCUCCUGGAAUACGCCAACCAAGUUGUCUACUCAGGACGCAUGAAAGACGUCACCCUCAUUGAGCGUGUCCAACGAGCCGCUUAUAGAAUUGUUGCCGGCCUCAAAUCUGUGGAUUGCGAUACCCGUCUCGCGAUGCUUGAUCUCUCUCCCCUGGAGCAUCGCCACCUUCGAGAGGACCUAAUUCUUACUUAUGCCCUGUUUGAACAAAUCUUGGCCGACAGGUUUUUCACCGUUGACCCAGCAAACACAUGGCGGGGACAUGGUGAACGACAGUUGCUGAACGACAAGAACAAAACCGACCAGGGAAACUUGGGCAAAACCUCGAUCCUGUGUAUCAAUCCGUUAAUCCGUGAUUGGCUGUUGGUUCCAAACUUACAGCCCGACUUCUGGCCAAUGGUGUGCGGGAUAGGCUUCUCGGCCGUGGCAGCGCCUAACUGCCAGUGCAAAAUUCCGGACUCGUUCAGCUCCUUCCGUGCAGACAAGGGGACUGUAGACAAUCCAGGAUCUUUGAGAGAGUUACACAAUGAAUGUACGGAGUUUGUGGAAACAUUGCGGCGGAUAGGCAUUGAUAUAUUGGAACUGAAAGCUGAAGAGCGACAUCCUGAGUGUGUGAAGGUGGAUGAUACAGCCGUGAUAAUCAACGGAACAGCACUGAUGUGCAAUCCUCACGGUUCUCAUCGACAAGGCGAGGUAAACUUGAUACGUCAGACGCUGAAAAAGGAAGUCGGAGUGAAAAUUGUCGAGUUGAAUACAGAGAAUGCCCAAGUUGAAGGAAGUGACGUGCUCUUCACAGGGCAAGAAAUUAUUGUCGGCAUAUCAAGCCAUACCAAUGAAGAUGGAGCGCAGGCUGUCGCUCGCGCGUUUCCUGAAUACGCAACUUCAAUGAUUCAGGUGCGACCCCCUUUCCGUUCGCUCAAAGAUGCUGUUGGUGUUGCGGGGAUAAACGUACUGGCUGUUGGCGGAAGCGAAGCAGCCCGGGAAAUGCUAAGCGACAUGAAACGGGUCGUCUCUUAUAAGUAUAAAAUCAUCACCUUGCCGGAGGAUCACGCGGCCAACGUACUUUAUGUGAAUCACUACCUGCUCCACUGGGCUCCGUCCAUGAUUCCAGCCAGUAUUGGGGCCUCAGAAAUGUUCCACUAUGUAAUCCAACUUGAGCGUCACCAUGCUGCUGGUCCUCCACCUGCAUCUUUCAAGGGUGGCGUUGAAUUCCCAACUCGGUGUCUUUCCAAUUUACCUACAUCAACCUGGGAGAAACUGUCCUAG